AAGAGGCAGAUAUAGAAGACAUGGUGGUAUGGAGACAGAUGAUCCUCUGUGGAGACCCCUAACGUGAGCAGUAGUAGUUGGAUGAGGAGAAGCAGAAACACUGAGGUGGUUAGAACGUUUAGUGGGGAAGUGGUAGCUCUGUUUGGGGGUUCAAAACCCCAGUAUCACCAAGCUGUCACUCUUGGGCCCCUGAGUAAGGCCCCAGCAUUCUGGAACAUAUGAAGAAAGAUUUUCACUGUAAUGUACACGUGAGAAGUGUAAAGCACAUAGUGAUUCUAUAGUGUAAUAUCUGCACUCUUCCUCAAGGUGCUGGUGUUGUAUCAAAAAAAAAAGAUCUCCAAACUCCACCCACUUGUUCAAACCCACCAUGUCUGUCAUCCAGUUUAUUCCUUUAUUGGUUUAUUCAUAGAGAACAAAAUCAUCAUGAUUAACAAUCUCAAUCUCCAACAUCUCCACCACCUCCACCAUCUCCACACGGGAUUUAUAUAGAGAAAAGAAAUAUGGUGUGUGUGUGUGUGUGUGUGUGUGUGUUUAAUUCUACAAAAGCUCUGGGAGAUCCCAGAAGGAGCUCCUUCCAAACAAAACAUGGCCCCCUUGUUUGUUUUUAGAAGAUAUAUAAAAAAAAAAAAAAGAAAAAAAAAGAAAAAAAAGAAAAGAUAAGAAAAGAGAGAAAAGGGGGGGGGAGUCACUCAGGGUUAGAUGGUUCCACCAUGGGGAGGAGUCAUGGAGGACACACACACACACACACACACACACACACACACACACACACACACACACACUCAGUGCCAACCCGGCGACGAGGUUGGGCCUGCGGUGCCCUGCUGCAACCCAGGACUAAAGAGACACCAUGGAGCUGGAGAACAUCGUGGCCAACACCGUCCUGCUGAAGGCAAGAGAAGGAGGGGGUGGAAACCGAAAAGGCAAGAGCAAGAAGUGGAAACAGAUGCUUCAGUUUCCUCACAUUAGCCUGUGUGAAGACCUGCGGCAAACAAUAGAAAAAGACUACACCAGUCUGUGCGAGAGGCAGCCGAUUGGACGCACGCUGUUCCGGCAGUUCUGCGACACCAGACCGGAGCUGAGGCGCUGCGUGAAGUUCCUGGAUGCCGUGGCGGAGUAUGAAGUUACCCCAGACGAAAAGAGGAAGGUGUGCGGACAGGAGCUCCUCGAAAAGUAUUUAAAUCCAAAGUCAGAGGACUACGUCCCCGAGGUGGUGGAGGAGAUGGUGUCCAAAUGCGGCGAGCGUCUGGAGCAGGAUGCGUGUAAAGAGCUUUUCAUGGAGUGCACCAAACUGAUCCAUGACUACCUGAGCGUGGCCCCUUUCGCAGACUACCUCGACAGCAUCUUCUUCAACCGCUUCAUCCAGUGGAAAUGGCUGGAGAGGCAACCGGUUACAAAAAACACAUUCCGUCAGUACAGGGUAUUGGGAAAGGGCGGCUUUGGUGAGGUCUGCGCGUGUCAGGUACGUGCCACGGGGAAGAUGUACGCCUGCAAGAAGCUGGAAAAGAAACGCAUCAAAAAGAGAAAAGGCGAAUCCAUGGCUCUGAACGAGAAGCAAAUUCUCGAAAAGGUCAACAGUCGGUUUGUCGUGAGCCUGGCGUACGCGUAUGAGACGAAAGACGCGCUGUGCUUGGUUCUCACACUGAUGAACGGAGGAGACCUGAAGUUUCAUAUCUACCACAUGGGGGAUGCCGGGUUUGAUGAGAAGAGGGCGGUGUUUUACGCUGCCGAGAUCUGUUGCGGCCUGGAGGACCUGCACCGAGAGAGGAUAGUCUACAGGGAUUUGAAGCCGGAAAACAUUCUGCUGGAUGACCACGGUCAUAUUCGUAUAUCAGACCUGGGCCUGGCUGUGCACAUACCUGAGGGCCAGACAAUCAAAGGACGUGUGGGCACUGUGGGGUACAUGGCCCCUGAGGUGGUAAAGAACGAGCGAUACACGUUCAGCCCGGACUGGUGGGCUCUGGGCUGUCUGCUGUACGAGAUGAUCGAGGGCCAGUCGCCGUUCCAGCAGCGGAAAAAGAAAAUCAAGCGCGAGGAGGUGGAGCGACUGGUCAAAGAGGUGGCUGAGGAGUACUCCAGCAAGUUCUCGGAGGAAGCCAAGUCCCUCUGUGAAAUGCUUCUGGCCAAAGACCCGAACGAGAGGCUCGGCUCUCAGGGAGGUGCAUCGGAGGUGAAGGCUCACCCGAUCUUCCGCUCCAUCAACUUCAAACGACUGGAAGCCGGCAUGCUGGAAGCUCCUUUCAUCCCUGAUCCUCAGGCUAUCUACUGUAAGGAUGUGCUGGACAUCGAGCAGUUCUCCACUGUGAAAGGGGUGGAGCUUGAGCCCAAAGAUGACUCCUUCUACAGCAAGGUGUCCACAGGCAGCGUACCAAUUCCCUGGCAAAAUGAGAUGAUCGAGUCCGAGUGUUUUAAAGAACUCAACGUGUUGAUCUUGGACGGUACCGUGCCCCCGGAUCUGGACUGGAGAGGACAGCCGUCUCCUCCACCCAAACAGGGCCUGCUGCAGAGACUCUUCGGGAGACAGGACUGCUGUGGGAACUGCAGUGACAGCGAUGAGGAGCCUACGAGGCUCUGAGGGGCGUGGCCAUGUCCAGGCUCCUCCCCCUGCCACCAGAGGAUCUCAUUUUGUUUACAACUUUUGCACAUUUGUAUUUUUAGGAUAGCUCUAUAUAAACAUUGGAAUGUAUAUUUUCACUAUAUAGCCAUGCGGUCGAUGUUAUUUAAAGACAACGAAACGGGAGAUAAAAAAAAGGAUCAGCGUCCAGAGUUACAACAGAGUAUUUCGGAGAAGACGCACAUUGACAAGAAGGCGCGAAGAUCGUCCCACAUAGCCCCGCCUCCGCCUUGCCCCGCCCACAUCUAAUCAUCCUGACACCGCCUUCUUGCGCCUCCUCUUUUUGAUUUUUUUUUUACAUUGUUUUUUUUAUUUUCCUUUCCGAAACCACAUACAUGUACAGUGUUUGCUCAGCCAAAUUCUUUCAAAUAUGCGAGAAAGAAGAAAAUCAUGUUCACAGAUAUUUUUAUAUUUAUAUGUUUUACGAUUUUGCUUCGUUUUUUUCUUUCUUUCGUUCUUGUGGUAAUCUUGACAAUCAAAUGACCAUUUGUACAAAUCUUUUUGACACGUCAGGGUUCGAAACGCACGGCGAACACGCACACGCAGCUCUUCUCAUUUACACACACACACACACACACACACACACACACGCAUCUCAGACGUAAGAGUUCAUCGCUAAAUACAGUCGCCUAGGAAACAAACGCGGGUGUCGUAUCCAAGCACGCGUGUUCGUCCGUGUCCGCUCGUCUUUUACGGUGUAAAUACGUGACACGUAUCUGUAAAGCCCUCAGUGCGUCUUCCUGUUGAUUUUCUUUCCGGAUAUUUCCAGAAAUAGUCCUAAUUAGCGUUCCAGCUGGUCCAAACAUUGCAUGGCGAGUCUAUGCAUAAACCUUCUUGCAUUUAUAACUCGUUUAUAAUUAACUCGUCGUACGUCGCGCAUUACGCCGUCAUUCCUCAUAACUCCGCCCAUUACUCGUGGGGUUUUUUUUUUUUUUUUUUUUUUUUUUGGUGCAUACGAGUAGAUUUAUUAUGUAUUACGUCACAUUGCUGCUUUUUUUUCCCAAAAUUGGGGUCAAAACCACAAAAAUCAAUUGCCAAAAAAAUGUAAAAAGGAACUGGACCGGUAUCGAUCGGGAUAUGGCGCUUAUCUCAGAUGGCCUCGUAUAGAUCGAAACUAACGAUGCACUUAAGACCAAACCACUUUUUCUUUAGUCGUCCAUAUCCGUGGAAGGUGCCUUUAGCGGUUUAAGGUACUGUCGUCCAUACCCGUGUAUUUUAGCGGGGUUUUUUUACACAGAAUCGCGACGAAACGUCAUGUUCACGUUCAAGAUGUUGGCUUUUUUUAUUACAUUUUUUUAAUUCUUUUUUUUUUAUUUUUUUUGCACGUACACCUUCUUCCUGUGCUCUUCAUCUUUUACCUCAUGUGUUCCCUCUCAUGUGUGGAUGUGCAUCCGAUUUGGGCUUCUUUUUUUCUGAACUUCUGGACACAAAACAAGACCCGAGAAAGACCCCAGAAACCUCGGAAGACCCUUUUUUUUUUUUUUUUUUUUUUUUGGGAAUUUCGCCUUUCUGCUCGAAACUCGAGUACAUUCCAGUCUCUACCGUGCUGUACAGAUGUAAAAUUGAUUUACAGACGUAUUUCCUUCGUUUUGGUUUUCUGUUUUAUUUAGCAAUAAUGGGAUUUUAUAAAUGUACCUAACCACAUAUUCAUGUAUUAAAAAAAAAAAAAGACAAAAACCGAGCGACAAGCGCGAGACUGAACUUCAGUUGACUUAUUUUCGUGGAUGUGUCCCUGAGCCAGGCUUUAACACUGUGAAGGAGGAGAUUUUGCUGAUUUCUGUCACAGUUGUAUCAUUGUUUUAUUGUUUAUUGGUUGUUUUCCUCGUACGCAAUGCACUGAUGUAUUUUUACGUGUACAUAUAAAGUGUUAAUGUAUGUGUGUUGGCCUAAAUGAUGUGUGUGUGUGUGUGUGUGUAUAUGUAUGAGUGUGUGUGUGUGUGUGUGUGUGUGUGUGUGUGUGCGCUUGUUUUGUUUUGCACUGCAUGUGCCCAUAUUGUCGAUCAUAACCACUAGCCGAUGCCAUUGUGUUACACCUUGUAUGAGGGGAAAAAAACAAAAAAUGUUACCGUACUACUGCUAAGGGAGCUGUGAGUCAUAUACUGCUUUCAGAAGUCCAUAAUGGCCAUAUGGUAAUAAUCAUCAUUUCAAAUAUCUUUUACCUAAAUUUCAUUAUUAUUAUUAUUAUUAUUAUUAUUAUUCAGUUAUUAUUAUCAUUUUUUUUUACCUCAUUCGGAAGUGGCGGAAAAAAGUGCAACCGAUCGGAAAUGCUGAAAAUAAAGACUCCUCCUUAAACCAA